AUGGUGUUGCUUCAUUCAUGGAAAAAUCAUCAUGACCACAUUUACACCAUAGAUUACGAUCCAUCAUCAUCUACAUGUACUGGUUCUGUUAACACAAAUCUCCCAUUUGUAGAAGACGAUGAUCUUCAGUAUUUUGGAUGUUGUAAUGGUUUGGUUUGCGUAAGUCCUUAUGACAGGGAUAUCAUUCUCAUUUGGAAUCCAUCCACAAAUGUAUUUAAGAAAUUACCAAAAUUACCCAUACUAGAUACACCAGUUACGGGUCCAGACAACCAGGACUACGAUCUCAUAGAUAUACAAUAUGGGUUUUGUUAUAAUUAUGAGAGUGGGGAGUUCAAAGUGGUAUGUCUUGCCAGAUAUAAUGGUGAUUCUGGGGAUGAAGUUAAGGGGUCUGACGUUUACCUCUAUACUUCAGGAUCAAAUACUUGGAUAACACUUGAUAGCAUCUUUUAUCAUGUUAUUAGCGAGCGUAAUCAAGUGCCAAUUAAUGGAGUUAUUCAUUGGAAAGAAUAUCGUAUGUAUGAUGAAGUAUAUCGUAGAGUUAUUCUUGCUUUUGAUUUUGAGAAAGAGGUAUUCUAA